GUCAAAGUACGAUGAUCUGGCCAAGGUUUCGGACAAACCCAGAGCUGAGUCUGCAGAUCUCUGGCUCACCCUAAUGGAUCUUCCAAAGCCACCCCUGCUUCCGCCGUAUCGCCUUUCCAAAAGGUCAACACGCGUAAUACUCGGAAGGAUCAUCAAGGUUGUCUCAGCCUCCACCAAUUUCGUAACGAGAAAUGUUUCUUCGUCUCCUAUAGUCUGGGUCAAGGUCACUGCUUCAUCAUACACGUUUUUUACAAUCACCGUAGCAAAUCCUAAUCGCGCGUUUUGCUAUACACGACAUCCGAGGAUUAUUUAAUUUUGAUGUCGACCGUCGGCGAUAUUAACCGGUGAAGCUGUCCAAAGCAACGACCAGACGAAAUCACGCCUUCUCGUGGGACGAUGGCAACCUUCUUUCUCUUUUGUUGCGUCGCUAUUGCGACGGUGGUCGCUGAAGAAGAUGGGUGGGCAUGGAAGCGCAGAGACGAACAGGAGAGCGACGUCGAUAGAACAAGUUAUAGGUACCAGGUGAACGAGAACCCCGAGGAUCUCGGCCACGAAAGACCUUUGGUAGGAUUUAGACCACAGAGCACCGGACCUUACGGUUCCAACAGUAGACCCAUUGUGUCACCGUCGUAUCCUGGCAACAAAGAAGUUCUUGUUGGUCCUGGUGGACCAACGGGCAUUAUAAAAAGACCUUCCUACACCGCAAAUAUCGACGAUGGCGAGUUGGAAAACGGUUUCGUGCCAUCGUGGGUGAAGGACGAUCCUCGAUAUAGAGAAUACGACACUUGCAAAUGCAGAUACAGCUUCAAUUGCCCCUCUAGCGGAUUGAAAUUUGGAAGCUGUUCCAAGGAUAAAAAAUAUUGCUGCUUCAAUAGCAGAAAGUAUCCAGCGUUGGUUUCCGGACAAUACGGACAAGGAAACCGUCCUUCGUAUCCGGGUGGUCCUAACAAGUACGGACCAGCGACUUUCGUGCAAUCGCCGAACAAUUAUGGUAAUCGAAGACCCCAGGGGAGUUUCACUGGCGCUAACAGAUAUCCUGGAAAUUACCAUUUUCCAGGGGAAAAUCCGGAGCCCUAUCCACGACCUCAUAGCAAUCCUUACGAGCAAAAUUACGAUUACAACGACUUUGAUAUUUACAGUCGGUCCUUGAAGAAAAAUCAGACGCAAAACGCUAACGCGGAUGAAAAAGUUUAAGCUCCAUUUACACGAGGCCUUCAACGGCAACCUUUUCUCGCCUGAUCGAUCUUCCGAUGGUUCUUCGCGUAUUUCGUCUUAUAAAUUCUUAAUAAGAUCGAUCUGCCUGAACGAAGAGUUGGAUUGAAAGAGUUGGACAACGUAUGAGAGGAAAUUAUUAAGAAAUGCCGUUGGUGUAAUUCAGGGCGUUUUUAAGAUGUUUCUGAAAUUGUUAAAACUGCCAAGAUAUUUGUCAAAUUUGUAUAGAAAGAAUAUUUGAAUCAGAGAGAUAUCUAGCGUUACUCGAUACUCGUAUAUGCGUAGUUUUAAAUAUUAUUCAUAAUUUGUAUAGAUACUCUUUGGGUAUUUGUUUUCGAAUAUUUUUUAGAUAGUUUGUUUAUAGGUAGAAUUGGAAUACGCAUGAGUGAAAUAGUGUGCAAUUUUUCUAUAGAAAUCGAUGAUUUACAAUGUGAUUGAAUAUCAAAGGGAAAAAUUAUUUUAACAGAUUGUUCUGAAGGAAAUGAAAUAUUUCCAGAAGCAUAUACGGUAUUCAAAAAGUAGACAUUUUGCUGUCAACCUUCUAUGUGACUCGAAAAUACUCAUGUAUCUAUACAAUUGCCUUUAAUUCUUAUUUAUCUAUCAUCCGACACGAUUUAUCUGACAUUGUAUUUCAUCUAUUACUCGUCUGUAUUGUAUUUAUUUUUAUCUUGUAACUUCUUUAUCGAAAUUUACUAACACGAUUCGUUUAAUGCUCACGUAUGUAUUUAUAAUUUUUAGAUUUCAUUUUAUCUACUAUCUACUUUACUUUAGUAUUUUAUUGGUAUAACGUUUUUUUUUUGUAAAAUGAUAUGGCAAUUAUCAGUACCAAUUUUCAAAUCAAAAUUUUAAUUUCAGUUUUCGAUAAUUGAUCAAAACUAUGACUUUUCUCGUGUCGCGAAUAAGCAAUGCAUUAUGGUUAUAGAAAGUUAAUAUAAGUAUUUCAGUUAAAUUAAAAAAGUACGUAAAAAUGGAACGUAAUUUUAGACGAGCAUAAAAAUUCAUGAAACAUUUCUCUUUAUUUUUAGCCACGGAAUCCGCUGUCGUGGCUCCGAUCUAAAAAUUAUCGAACUUCCUGUUUUUAAAAGAGCCACGAAGACUUUAAACACUUUUAACAAGAUACCAAAGAUCGUAUGUAUAUACCUUUAAACCAUGGAACAACGCUCUCUUUUCAUUAAACUUAUUCGAUAUUCGAUAUGUUAUAAUAUAAAUUUCGUAUAAUAAAUAUGAUAAUCGAUGUCACGCGAGAUCAUCGUUAAGAACA